UGGUUGAAGAAGAGGGUUCAGGCACGAAAUUUAAGCACAGUUCGCGCCAUACACCAAAACAAGACGUAUUGCGCAUAGCCUUCUAGUCCACAUAUAUACAUACGUUAUAUAUACACAGUGAAUGGUCUAGCCUGUCUAAGUAGACGACGCUGUAUGUGAUGAGAAAUGGUUACAACAAUUAAAUGGGAAAUAGUGAAGUCGCUGGACGAUCUGACUCAGACUGACUUGGAUACGUUUUGUCACCGGCUGCGGGACCGCAGGGAAGAGCCGCGGGUCAGACGCAGAGCUGUGGACGGUAAAACUAUCCUGGAGGUGGCGGACCUUUUGGUUUCAACUUUCACCGAGCACACAGCUCUGCAAGUGACCCUGGAUAUACUGAAGCAGAUCAACUGCAACGAGGAAGCAAAGGCACUGGAAUCAAGAACCAAAGCCUGUGUGGAUAAAGGUGACCCUACCUUACCUAGGACUUCCAACGGGGAGUUGGAGACAAGGCCCUCACAGGAGGCUCGGAACCAUGUGGUUGUCCGCGGGCCUUUACAAGCUGCUCAACCUGUGAUGGCAAAAAGCCCUCAGGAGGUGGAGGCUGAAGCAAAGGCUCUUGUUCGCUCUGAAGGCGGGGACCUUUGUAAUGACUGGCUUGUUCUGAGCAGGUUUAUGAUUCAGUUUGGUCAGUACAAAGGUAAAACCUUCAAAUGGCUGCUGGAGAAUGAUGUGGGCUACGCUGUAUAUCUGGUGGCUGACCACCAGAAGGAGCGAGAGGGAAAAGGAACAAUGCGUCAGGACCCAUUAAUGGCCAACAAGGAUUCCUUGACUCGAUACGUGAGUCAUUACCCUGAGGUUUUGGAAGAAGUCAGAUUUAAACGUGCGUAUGAGAAAGCCGAAGAGGGAAAGGCUCUUGCUGGCUUUGGUAAAUACCCCUCGGAGAAACUGCAGGAUCUGUACGAGUCAAAGGAGCCGAGAAAAGUCAGCUAUGUUGACUUCCUCCGGACCAUGAAGUCAACCUGCAACCCAGGGUCCAAAAUGGAGGUCGCUGUUGCAUACGUUUUGCAUCGUGACAAACAUUGGGGCACAGCUCCUGGAAAGAGACCGAUCAAAAGGAAACAGGUCCAAAGCACCAGAGGUCAGCCCACCAGUGUCUCAUGGCCCAUACGGAAGAAGCCUAAAUACAACUGGAAGAGGACAUGAUUCACCCAUCUGUCCCAUUAGUGACUGAAUCAGGGGUCUAAGGAACGGGUACUGGUAGCAUUAAUUUAUGUAGCUGAACUCCACCCAAACCAAUUCAAUAAGCUUCUAUUGUGUGAACGUUUUUUAAAAAAAAGAUGAUGUUUAACACUCAAAUUGUUUGUAUCAAAACAUCUUAAAUUCAGCAGCAAAUUUGGGAUUUUGAGAUAUAUAAAUGAGACUGACCUUUUUUAUUACAAUUCUUACACUGUAAAUGAUGUCUUAUUGCUUAACGUAUGAACAGGUACAUGUUCUAUGGGAAUUUGCGAACCAGGCCUCUUCCACGGAAAAUAUUAUGUAAAAAUGAACAACAGUUCAAACAGAUUUAUGUGUCAGGGCCUCAUUCUAGCCUGGAUACAGUUGAAAGUCAAUAAAACGUACAAAUGUAAUGUGGAAAUAUACAA